GCUAACUACAUUGACUAUCUGCAGCGCUCGCUCUCCCAGGUGUCUGGGGGCCAGAAUGAUGAACCACACCACCAGCGAGUAUUAUGAUUAUGAAUAUGACCAUGAACACUACAGUGACCUUCCGGACGUGCCCGUAGACUGCCCAGCUGGCACCUGCUUCACUAGUGAUGUCUACCUUAUAGUCCUGCUUGUGCUGUAUGCAGCCGUCUUCCUGGUGGGUGUGCCAGGCAACACCCUGGUGGCGUGGGUGACCUGGAAAGAGUCCCGCCACAGGCUUGGGGCCUCUUGGUUCCUGCACCUGACCAUGGCGGACUUGCUUUGCUGUGUGUCUCUGCCCUUCCUGGCUGUGCCCAUCGCCCAAAAGGGCCACUGGCCAUACGGGGCGGCAGGCUGCUGGCUGUUGUCCUCCAUCACCAUUCUGUCUAUGUAUGCCAGUGUGCUACUCCUGACCGGCCUCAGCGGCGAUCUCUUCCUACUGGCUUUCAGGCCCUCCUGGAAGGGUGCAGAUCAUCGAACACUUGGGGUGCGUGUGGUCCAGGUCUCCUCCUGGAUGUUGGGCCUCUUGCUGACUGUGCCUUCUGCUGUCUACCGUAGGCUGCUUCAGGAGUACUAUCCUCCCCGACUUGUGUGUGGCAUAGACUAUGGGGGAUCGGUCAGCGCCGAGGUUGCCAUCACCACUGUUCGAUUCCUCUUUGGCUUCCUGGGGCCAUUGGUGUUCAUGGCCAGUUGUCACGGCAUCCUCCAACGGCAGAUGGCCCGCCGCCAUUGGCCCCUGGGCACAGCUGUCGUGGUGGGGUUUUUCAUUUGCUGGACCCCUUAUCACGUCCUGCGGGUAAUCAUUGCAGCGGCUCCUCCGCACUCUUUGCUCCUCGCCCGGGUCCUGGAGGCGGAGCCUGUAUUUACGGGCCUGGCCCUGGCUCACAGUGCUCUCAAUCCCAUAAUGUUUUUGUAUUUCGGAAGAAAACAACUCUGCAAGUCACUCCAGGCUGCAUGCCACUGGGCCCUGAGGGAUCCACAGGAUGAGGAAAGUGCGGUGACCAAGGCAUCCAUAUCCACUAGCCACGAAAUGGUGUCUGAGAUGCCGGUGUAGGCAAGAAGGAUUUGGAUUUCCUAGGCCAUCGCACAACUGUGCAGCUUCAAGCAUAGCUGGAUGCAGGAGCUCGGAGAUGGCUUUUCGUUCUUCGUUCAAUAUUCAUUGUGCACUUGCUUGUUCAAAACCCUGAUAUAAAGGUGCCGGGCUGACAGUGGCUGGAGCCAAUUCCUUCCCCAGGAGUUAGCAGUUUACACAAGAAGACAUAUAGGAAACAGUUGAUGGGAUAUGGACUAUGUCAAGGGUGAGAUGUUCCAUAGAACCCAAAGAGGAUGCUGGGGAGACUGCUUGAGUGCCUGCUGUACAAACCAGGACCUGAGUUUGAGCCCCACCACCUUCACAGAGCUGUGUAUGGCGAUAGACCUCUAACCCCAGCACUGAGGGAAUAGGUGGAUCCAAGGGGUUCUCUGGACAAGUGGUCUAGCCCAAUCAACAAACCCCUGUCUCAAGAAAUAGAGUGGAGCCAGGCACAGUGGUGGUAACUUUAAUUAAAGCAUUUGGGAGGUAGAGCCAGGCUAGCCUGAUCUACAUAGUGAGAUCCAGAUGGAGAGUAGCAGAUGAAGACAUCCAGUCUUAACCUUAGGGACACACACACACACACACACACACACAACACAGGGUUGGACAGCCUAGGUCAGGUAGGCUAGCACCCUGAACAAAGGGUAAUGACUGAGCCAAAACCCAACUAAUGGACCUGAGCAUCCAUGCUUAAAUCUGGGGAACUAUUCCAAGCAGACAGAGCAAACACAAAGGCCUUGCUCUGGGGUACCUCUUCCAAGAAGCCUUCCCUGACUUGCAUCCCUCCUAGAAACAAGGGCUCUUCCUUUCUUGCAAUCUCUUCAACACAAAUGCCCAGAUAAAUCCUA